UCUCUGCUUCCUGUUUGUUUACCUGCUGUUGCACCAUAUGUCUCUUCAUAUCUUUUUCUGCUAGGUCAGUCGAAAAGAGCUUCUCUUCUCCAACAUGCUGACCUCAUCCAGAAUCUGGAUUUGAACCCAGAACCUUCAGAGCCAAGAAUGCAGAGAUGUGGAAACCUUCUCAGUCAUGAACAAACCAUUGUUUUGUCCCGGGUUGCGUUUUUGGAAAUUCAGGAUCUAAGCUGGUUACUGUGGAGGAUUCUGGAGCUACAGGCUUACAAAAACUGAGAAGUACCUCAGAGUGACGGAGCAGCUCAGACAGAACAGCCUGUAGAUGGAGCUGCCAGCUGGGGAAAUGAAGUUUCCAUGAAGCCCAUCAGUCAUAAAGCUGUGCAUCAUUGGUUCAUUCAUUAGUGAGCGCAAAUAAAACAGGAAGUCAGUGAAAGUUGGAGGAAGAACAGCCGAGCUUCCCUUUGAUUAAGUUCUCUAAAUCCAAAAGAUGUCAACAGAGACGGUCGACAAGGACGGAAGAGGAACCAAAACCUCUAAAACGUCAAAGGAUCACAAAAAGCCCACACCAGAGGCCCUGAAAGGAGCCAUCCAGCUGGGAAUCGGUUAUGCUGUUGGAAACCUGAGCUCCAAACCCGACAGAGAUGUUCUGAUGCAGGACUUCUCCAUGGUAGAAACCGUCUUCUUACCCAGUGAAGGCAGCAACCUGACUCCGGCGCAUCACUUCCCAGAUUUCCGGCUGAAAACGUACGCGCCGCUGGCCUUCCGCUACUUCAGGGAGCUGUUUGGGAUCAAGCCUGACGACUAUCUGUACUCCAUCUGUAAGGAGCCGCUGAUAGAGCUGUCCAACCCCGGCGCCAGCAGCUCCUGGUUCUACCUCACCAGUGACGACGAGUUCAUCAUCAAGACGGUGCAGCACAAAGAGGCCGAGUUUCUGCAGAAGCUGCUUCCUGGGUACUACAUGAAUCUGAACCAGAACCCGCGCACGUUGCUGCCCAAGUUCUACGGCCUGUACUGCAUCCAGUGCGGCGGCGUGACGGUUCGCGUGGUGGUGAUGAACAACGUUCUGCCUCGAGCCAUGAAGAUGCACUUCAAGUACGACCUGAAGGGCUCGUCCUACAAACGCCGCGCUUCACGCAAGGAGCGCGUGAAGAACUCGCCGACCUUCAAGGACCUGGACUUCCAGGAGAUGCACCAGGACGGGCUUUACUUCGACCCGGACACCUACAGCGCCCUGAUGAAGACGCUGCAGAGGGACUGCAGGGUCCUGGAGAGCUUUAAGAUCAUGGACUACAGUUUGCUGCUGGGCGUCCAUGUGCUGGACAGGAAGCCGCUGAGCAGAGGGAACCGCUGCGACAGCAGGAGAGGACAGAAGGUCCUCUACUCCACCGCCCUGGAGUCCAUCCAGGGGAACCUGAAGGACCCAGAACCGGUCGCAGACGACGACACGUUGGGUGGGAUUCCUGCCAAACACAAAGAUGAAAACCUGCUCAUCUUUUUGGGAAUCAUUGAUAUUCUUCAGUCAUACAGGUUCAUUAAGAAGGUUGAGCACUCCUGGAAGGCUCUCGUUCACGACGGGGACACCGUGUCGGUCCACAGGCCCGGUUUCUACGCAGACAGGUUUUUAAAGUUCAUGGGAACGACUGUUUUCAGGAAGCUUCAUCCUUUAAGAGGAGCGUCUUCCAAGAGGAAGAGGAGUUCCCUCCAUGCAGGGAAGUCGGCGUCUCAGGAGUUUCUGUCCACACAGAAAGAGAAGGAGGAGAAGAAGGCGCAAAGCAUGGACAACCUGGAUGGAAACUUUUACAGUUCCUCCAAACAACCAGAUCUGCUUCCCAAAUCUGCUCUGACUGAAUCCAUCCGAAACGACGAAGAGGAAACUGAAAACAGUGACGAUCGCCGGGACUCCAGCUCCACUUUAGCUCUGGACGAUCCGCUGCCGUCGCUCAGCAGGAGCCAAUCAGACUCUGAGUUGGAUGUUUACUUGCCUCAUACAGACUCGCCCAGGCGACCCAGCUGGAGCUGAUCACUCGUUUGUGUUGCAACAUCCAUAAAAAUUGAGGAAGGACCUGUGAGCAAACUUUUAAGACUACAGGCAGCAACAUGCUGGUUCUCGCCUGCCAGCGUCACUCUGAGCCUCCAUCAUCGUCAUUCUGUGUUGCCAUCAAUGUGCCAAAUCACUGUAGAUCCAUCAUUAUCCUAUUAAUAGAAGGUGUUUGUGUGGUUUGAGAUCCACUGUUCUGACAAAAAAAAAACACUAAGCUGCCACUGCUUCUUCCUCUCACUGUUGUUCACUGUGCUGGCAGUAAAUAUUUAAUUUUCACUUUGUUCUCUUUUGCUUCUUUUUCUUUGUUUUACUGUAAAUAUGCAACUUUCUCAGCGGCUGGAUCCCUGAGGACAGGAAUGACUUUCCCAGAAAUUAUGUUCAGAGGCGAUUCUGUCACCUGUAGUACCACAGUGCAGGUUGGACUGCUGUGUUCUUGCAUAACAUAUUUCAAUGAAGGGUUGUGCUCUCCUACACUUACAGUAUCAUGCAAAGCUUUUGAUAGCACUAAAUAAUACUGAUUAAACUUUCCCUGAACUUACUACUUCCUGUGCUGGAGCUUACCAGGGGCUUCAAUGAGACUUUUGCUAGAUACCUGUCAGAUAAUUUCCUAAACUUUAUCGGUUAUUGGCUUAAAAUAUUUCUGGAACCCAUUAUGCAGGAUCCUGGAAUGGUCUUGGAACCUACUUGGUACUUCCCAGGAUUCUUCCAUGGAACUUGCUAGGCACAUCUCUUUAAACUACAAGUACUUUUCUUGUAACUUACCCGUUAUUGGUUUGGGAAUGGAUCAGGUACCAACCUGGAAUGUUCUCAGAACAUACCAGAUACAUUUCUGGACAAUACCAGAUACUUGCCUGAAACUUACCAGUGAUUAGCCUAAGACUUUUCUGAAACUUGUCCUGGAAUGUUCCUAUAACUUUCCUCGCAACUUAACAGAAACAAUUCUAGAAACUAUCGGGUUCUUUCCUGUAACUUACCAGUUAUUGGGCUGAGACUUUCCUGGAAGUUACCAGGUACCAACCUGGAACUUCAUUGGCACGUACCAGAUACUUUUUUGGAACUGUUCCUAGAAUUUACCAGGGACGUUCCUGGAAACUGCCAGGUACUGUACUGGAACUUUCCAGGCGCUAUCCUGGCAUUUUCAUGGAACCUACUAGGCACCUCCCAAGAAUCUCUCAUGGAACUUACCAGGCACUUUCCUGAAAGCCAUUGGUACUUUCCUGUAACUUACCAGUUACUGGCCUAAGGCCUCUCUGUAGCUUAUCAGAUGCUGUCCUGAAAACCAUCACAUAAUUUCAUAUCUCUAUCCUGAAAUAUUCUCGGCACCUUUCCUGGACUUAACACACAUUUCUAGAAAAAAAUAGCAUUUUUCCUGUGACUUACCGGUUACUGACCUACGACUUCCUGGGAUGCAGCAUUUUAUUUCCUGAACCUUAUGAGAUACUUUCCAUACAUUUACCAUCCCUGAACUUGGCAGGUCUCAGACUGAUGGAAAGGUUGAAGUCCAGCGUUAAGUUUCCAGUUGGUGAUGGUCUGGGUUGCCAUGGUGUUGGUCUACUGGGUUUUCUAAAGACCAGCUGUGUAGCAAUAUUACAGAAAUUUGUGAUUCCUUCUAAAGCUUUAUGGACAUGCAGAUAUUUUCCAGCAGAACUUGGUACCUGCCAAGACCGUUAAAGAUCCCAAAAGCUAGUUCAGUGAUAUUACUUUGCUUGAUUGGCCAGCAGAUAGACCUGGACAAUAAGGACCAUAUAAGAUUGCUUAGCUACUUGGAAGUUAAAUAUAAAAAUUCAGGGAUGAAUAAAUAAUACCAUGUGUUAAUUUCCUUAAUUUGGAGAUGUUAGUCUGUUAGCAUGCUAAACAUUAGCAUAACUGUUUAGUUGUUUAGUGGUAGUUGUUACUGUGAGAGCCUGGUAGCAUCUGAACACAGCUGUACUUUUUUGUGACAUUAACUGAUUGGUAAGUCUCCAUGGUAACACCCUUAUGUCCAAAAAUUGCUUUGAACGUAACGGGUAAACAUUAGCAUGAAAUGCUAAUUUGUUAGCUACAAAUGCUAUAGGUCUGAGCUUAAUACAGUAGUACAAAUAUUAGUUUUUCAUUUCCUGCAACAUGUUGUACGAACUUUCAUCAAGACGGAGCCUUCAACGUUGUUUUUAAUUAUUAAAUUGUCAAACUGUGUUGUCAUAGUAACACUUUACAGGCAGUCUCAUUUUAUCUACAGUAAGUAAUAAACAUUGUCAAAAUAUUUUUGAUUAUCCAAUAAAAGUUGUGAUUGUUUAAAAUACCUUAACCAAAUUUGGAUUUUAUGUAAAAAGUGGGUUUUUUUGUCUUUGUCUGGCUUUAGUCCACAUAUUGUUUAAACCAAAUGUGUUUUUCUGUGGUUUUUAAGACUACAAUUGUAAAUUUCUGGAAAAUAAAUUAAUAUUUAAAGUC